AUGUCGUACGCUCCUCCUGGGACAUUUCCGAGCGCGGCUCAACAACAGCUAGCACAACUUGCGCAGCAGCAACAACAGCAACAGCAACAACAGCAACAGCAACAACAAAUGCAGGCACAGCAAGCAUAUCAAGUCCAGCAGUCUGGCUUAGCAUCCCUACCCAAGCCUCAACAAGACUUUCUUAAUAGUUUGACACCUCAACAAAUUCAAUCUCUGCUAGGUCAGGCCAGCGCUAAUUCAAGUCAGUCGGCCAUGAAAGUAUCCAACCAAUUCACGUCAGCCUCCCAGAUACCCCAGCUGACUCAAACACAAGCCAUGCCUACUAUGCAGCCCAUGCCAACACAGAAUAUGAACACGAUUCUUACCGACAUGAUCAACAAAGCUAAAGCUGGGCUUCUUACUCCUUUACAGCUCUCUCAGUCGUCAUCAGCGCCACCUAUGCAGGCCUCCCAACCUCUAUCUCCCAAUCCAGCCAUAUCUGCCAGUGGAUCAUCCCAAAAUGUCUACAAUACGCUGGCCCAGAAUAUUCAUGGGAUACAGAUGAAUCAGCCCAUGGCUAUGCCAGGACAGAACCCUAUCGCUCCCAUGACUCACAGUCCUAUGAGUACGAAUAUGGACACCAAUAAAGUCAACCAGUCCAACAAUGUAGCGCAAGGAGUACACGAGCGCAUCAAGAACUAA